GGGUCUGUUCAUUCAGACUCUGACCCACAUGGGCCACAUCCAGGACACCCUGGUGAUCUACACCUCCACCGGCGGGGUGGCCUUCCCUGGCGCUCAGUACAACGCUUACGAGGGAGGGGUCGCCAUUCCGCUCAUCGUCUCAAACCCCGGCUACAGCCAGGGCAAGAACACGGCCGCUCUUGUCUCUGCACUGGACCUAACGCCAACUAUCCUGGACUACUUCGGCGUCACGUUCCCGACCUACCAGAUCUUCGGCCGGACCGUCACACCCACGGGCAAGUCUCUCAUUCCCGUUCUGACGGACCCCACCAAAACCGUGCACGAUUUCGUCUUCUCCACGCAGGAUUUGAGAGAGAUUCAAGACAACUUCCCAAUCCGGGCAAUCCGUAACGCCAGCUACAAACUGAUCCGCAACACACAGAAGAGUUUCCCCAUCACCUCAGACGUGUACAACACGCCAACCUUCCAGUAUAUUCUGAAUCAGACCCGGAAGGGGGCGUCGACCGGCUGGUGGCGACAACUGACCAACUACCUCACCAGGGAGCAGUUUGAGCUUUUUGACUACUCCUAUGAUCCUUAUGAGAUCGACAAUGUGGCCUACGAGCCCAAGUACAGCGCCGUGCUGACCGAGCUCCAGGCCCGACUGUCCAACUGGCAGAACGUGACCUUUGACCCCUGGAUCUGUGACCAGGGCCAGGUUCUGCUGGACAACCAGUGCCUCAGCUACUUGUGAACACACACACACAUACGUCACCACCACCAUAGCAUGAGACUUCGCUCGCGCAAACUUUCAGUGACACUGUAAAACUUGUAGUAAAGACAGCUCCACAAAGGAGCGGGACAGAGGGUGCGUGCCUCGUGACGCAAGAGAGCGGAGGAAUGUGGGACGAACUUGAUUUGAACAAUUAAAUUAAUAACUAAUCAGCUGUUGUAAACACUUCAGUUGGAUCCAUCGUUGUACUUUGUUUUGUUUUAGUAAGAGUAAGAGUUUUAAGGCACUUGCAACACGAUAAGGUCAUAUAAAUCGAGAUU